AUGAACCGCCUCACCCAAAUAACCUCGCACCUCAACUACCCCCACGGCCUACUAGCCAACCAAGUGGCCAUCAUCACCGGCGCCGGCCAAGGCAUCGGGGCCGAAACCGCCCGGUUGUUCGCCAACGAGGGAGCGAAGGUGAUUAUAGCUGAUAUAGAUGGAGAAAAAGCCUCCGCCGUCGCAACCUCCAUCAACAACGCCUUGAACGAUACCAGAGCCCUCGCCGUCCCGGGGGACAUCCUCAAUGACACGUACAUCGAGGAGCUUGUCACCAAGGCCGCGGACUUUGGGGGUGGGAAGAUACACAUUAUUGUGAAUAAUGCGGGGUUUACCUGGGAUGGAGUUAUACAUAAGAUGACAGACACCCAAUUCACAACGAUGCUCAACAUCCACGCCACAGCGCCAUUCAAACUCGUCCGCGCAGCAGCAAAAUACUUCCGUGUGAAGGAUGGGGAAUCUCGCGUGGUGAUUAAUAUUAGUAGUACGAGUGGGGUGCAUGGCAAUGCCGGCCAAGCCAACUACGCCGUCGCCAAAGCAGGCAUAACGGGACUGACGAAGACCAUCGCGAAAGAAUGGGGACCUGCGUUCGGAGUCCGGGCGAAUACCAUUGCAUUUGGGUUCGUGAAGACCCGACUUACUGCGGCGAAGGAGGAGGGGGCGUUUAUUACCAUGGCGGAUGGGACGAAGGUCGCGUUGGGGAUUCCGGGGAAGCAGUUGGAUAGUAGACGGACUGGAACUACUACUAGUAGUCCUGAUGAGAAGAAGAAGAAUAAGGGAGGUAGUGAUUACCCUGAUAUUCCGCUGGGACGGCCGGCUAGUCCGGAGGAGGCGGCGAGGGCGGUGUUGGGGGUGGCGAGUCCGUUGUUUUCGUAUGUGAGUGGGGAGACGAUUAGGGUUACGGGGGGGAGGAAUAUGUGA